AGUUUGUUUUUUUCUUUGUUUGUCGGCCAUUCCAGUUCUAGCACUCAAAAUAUCGUUGUCCCAAAGUAAUACCUUUCCAACUCCUGUCAUUGUCAUAUUAGAGCUCGUAGGCGAACGAGCACAGGCCCGGAAUAGGCAUUCGGGAUACAGUACCUCUGACUACUUACAAGGUAUCCUUUUUCGACCCCUGAACGCAACAGAUAGACCCCACCUUGCGUGUUAAGAUAACGCUGCUCCUGUGCAGAUUCAAUAUUUUUCAUUUUUGUUAUUAGAAAUUGUGGAGGGACCGACACCGAACUAAUGCGAAAAGAAUGAUCCAAGACCAAGGUUUACUCCCAUAGUUUUCCGCCUGUUUCACUUUUGAAAAGAUAGACCUGAAGAACCUUAUUUCCUUCGAAGGAUAUUCCUGCAAUUGAUUCUUUUCACGCAUAAGCAAAAUGUACGCCUCUGCUUAACAUUUAUUUGUUUGGUACCCUACUACAAGAACCUUAACCUUUGUCAAGUCUUUUCACAACAACUACUGGUGAGUGUGGAGAAUCUCUGUGCAAGCCGGUUGGUCCAGGACAGGAGCGGGGUUGUGAGAACUGGCGCUCUAAUCUCGCUCGGAUACGGUUCGCCCAGUCUUUUAUUGCUCGACUUCCGGCUCCUGGUGACCUUUGCGACAGCUUUAUUGCGGUGAGCAGGCAACAACCGAAACGAGCGAGACUGCGUUCUAGCAGUCGCUGCGGCUGGUGGAGAGCAAGUAAACGGUGAUGGCGUUGUAUGCCGGCAUAGCGUCCCUCGUCGAGGGGACGCAUGAGCCCGAAGAGGAGCAUCGCUGCAGCAUCAAGGAGUUACGCUGUCCGCGCAUCUCGGUGCGGGAGGGACCCGGAAUUGACCAAGUAGAGUACCGUCGUGACGACCCUUUGGGCUUCCUGAAACAGGACCGCAAGCCCGACAAGGCACUCACGCGUGCACGAACAAAGUCUCGAUCGCCCGGGAAGCUACAGGGUACCAAGGCGCAACUGGCCGGCGACGCGAAUGGCGGUCGUGUCUUUGCGGGAAAAAACGACAACGGCAGAAGCGCUACGAGAGCACGGAGCAAAUCCGGCUCCAAAUGCAAAUCGCGACCCGCGGACCGCAAGUCUCCCAAGAAAAGCAAGUCUGGAAAAUCGAAAGCAGCAAAAGAUCCUGCGGGCGCAAUCCGAGGGCAGGCUCGGGAAAAAGCGAAACAGAAUCCAAAAGCUAAGAACCAGGCACUACGGCCACCGGCUUGGGAACCAAACCAGCCGAUCCCGUACACCCAGUUAUUUUAUGCACCGCUUUUCCUCUAACUAUCUUGCAAGUAGUUGAAGGUGAAGAUGAAGUUCAGUGCUAGGUGCCACAAUCAGCAAAUUUAAAUCAACAAUUUCAUAUUCGCAUUUAUUGACGUUGUUCUGUUACAGAACAACGUCAAUAAAUGCUCAGAGCAUCUUUUGUUUUGUGUCUACAUUCAUUUGAAUGAAUAACACCAUACAGAAACAAGCAUGGAAAUGCCGGUGCAGUGCACAAGGGCAAGAACAAGCGACAAAAGGUGACCGACCAACUAGUCCUGGAACAGUACAGCGACAGUGGAGACGAGGAAGUUGAGGACGACGCACUGCUCUACCCAGGCGUUUUGGUUGCUGGCAAAGCAUCUUCAUUGAAGGUCCCGAAGACCGUUGCGCAGCAAAGCAAGGCCGCGCGAGCGGCGGAACAUGGCGGUGCAGCUCCUGCUGCGGGGACGACAACAGACGAGGACAUUGUCAUGGAAAUCUCGGACAUGGACAUGCAGAUGGGUAGUUUUUGCAGCCUGAGCAGCAAGAUGAAUCCUUUCCCCUCCGGAAAUAAAGCUGCCCAAGGCCAGUCUUCGCUGCUUCCUUCGUCGGCGCAGCUGCAUACAGGUUGCGCAGCGUCCAGCUCUACGUGUUCUAACGCCUUGCUCGUGUCCUCUGCCGCCUCAUGUUCCUCGUCGCAGUCAUCCGCGUUUGUUGGUUCCCACAGCUGCGACGCAAACAGAGUCGAUUUUUACGAGUCGGACCAAAACAGCUUACUUCCUUCGUCUGGUUCAUCUGCCAUGUGCAUGUCGGCUCCACCAGUGCCACCGUGCAGCGCACAGGCGUCGUUGCCGAAGGAGGGAGCCGGUGGGAAGCGCUAUGACGGAACGACGGGAGCAUUAUCAUUUUCCUCAAGCUGCUCCUCGUCUGCGUCCUCGAGUAGUUCUAGCUCAUCUUCCGCAUCAUCUUUCUCUGCGUUUAAAAAGAUGAACAAGAAUGCUGGCUUCGACCUUUCGGAGGGCAGCUUCGGCGAACUUGUCCUCGGAGGGCGGCAGCCUCCUCCUCCACCUCGACAAGCAAGUCCACCGGCGCCUGGUCCAUUCUCAUCUUUCGCUACCUCGUCAGCAGGCUCGUCGUCCUGUGCGGAAGAUCAACAUCAAGCCCUGCUCGCGGCGGACGAUAACAUCCAGCACCAAGAGGGCGGCAAUCGUGGUUUCCUUGCAGCAAAGCUAGGCCGGGAGGACGGCAUGGGCGCCCAAGAUGUUGAAGAAGAACUCCAGGACAAGAACCCACAGGUCGUGCGAGCGUUGGGGUUGGGUGCUGGUCCAUUAGACGGAGAAGAAGUCGAUGAUCUGAAGGAUUUUCUGGCGCAGGACGCGCUUACCACCGUCAACUAUCUGGAGACCGCGAUCGACGACCUGAUGCUGAAGGGCGACGGCGCGCGGUACUUCUUCAGUGCGGAGGGAAAGACCGCAGCCAGCCUGUGUCUGCUCCACGUCGUCGAUGACUUGGUUAAGGCCCAGCGAGCAAUGACACUGUUGAACUGGCACAUCCACGCCCUCACCUCGCUCAAGGUAGACAAAAAGUACGUCGAGCAGUGUCGAUGGAAAUUGAAGGAGCACGGCGAAUGGAUUCCUUUUGAAAUCCGAACUUCCGCAGCUCCCGAGGACUCAGGGGACGACGAUAUGCUCGCGGAUUCAUCAUCUUCCUCUUCGAGUAGUGACGCGGAGGGACGAAACGGACGAGCACAAAUGCGAGGGCCGCAGGAAAAGUGGGUCACGCUUGCAGGACUCGACUUCCCUGACGCAGAAGCGAACCGCUUGAAAGAUGCGUACCGCGCGGCGCCCACCGUGCUCAAGGCACUCCAGGUGCCAAACCCAGACGGUCUGCUCAAAUGGCUGGACUACCGGGAAUUUCUCGAAAGGACGGCGUCUCACGUGAAGGCCGACCUGCUGACCCUAAUGCAAGUUUUGCAACCGCACCUGCGCGAGGUGUUCGGUCCGGUGAUCGAGAAGCAGAUGUCUCGGUUGGAUCUGCAGUUCGAAGGAGCAACCUUCUACCACAAGCGGCUGUUUCCCGGUCGACCGGCGUUCAACCCGAUAAACCAAACUUAUGAGACGAUCCCAGUCCCGCACGGGUAUUUUUGUUGUUGGGGUUGUUCUUCCUUGCCUUCUACUAACUUGGAGUAGAUGAAUGUAAAUGCUUUUUAUUGCUCUUUUCUUUUUCAUUUCCAGAUCCAAUUCAUCGGUGUGGCUAUCGCUACCGUUAAGAUUUCUUGUGAUUCACAAUUAAACAAUACAGCUGCUACAUUUUCCAGAAGGCGGGAUGCUGCAUGAUUUGCGGGCGCUCUCGCAACAUUCCAAAACAGCCUAUCUGCGUGCCGGGGCUUCCAGACGGCUGGAUCGUCUGCUGUGACAAGGACAAGGAGAAAUUCCAAUUUCCGGGUCGAGAUGCGUGCUGGGAAAUAGCAGUGGCACUUGGACGAAAAUGCGGCGCUCCAGCCGGGCUUAUGAACAUGAUGCAAAAAAUAUUUUACAGCGGCAAGCAAAUAUACGAGAGACUCCAUACCAAGGCCGUACUUUCUUGCUUCAGAUUUGUGAUAUUUAUGAAAUGAAAAUCGAAUACAAUAAGAUCAAUGAUUGAUGAACAAAAUCAUGAUUGAAUGCACCGGAGCAGAAUCUGUCGCUGGUCUCAUCAGAAUGCAUGCGCAUGGUGCUAAGUAGAAAAGGAUACACAAGUAGUUCUUGUUAUAUUCCUGUCUGUGACCUAUUGAAUAAGUAUGAAUAUUCAAAUUUCAGACCGCCUACAUGUACGACCUGCGCGUGGUGGUGCCCGGCAAGGUGUUCGCGCUGGCUUACGACCCGCAAAGAAAGGCGCCGGACAAUAAAACCCGGAAAAAGGGGCAGCGUACCCUGAAGAUGCCACAGCACGAUGACGGUGGAGUCAGUUCCUCGGCUGCAGCGGGGUCGUCGUCCGCCGGCUCGCCUGACCUCGUGGAUGAACCUUUGCCCGGCCACGAUCCUCUCGUACCGGCAGUUCCGGUCGCGCCGAACGCGGAAGAUAAGAACAUGGAUGAAGAUCAUCAAGAAGAUCAUGAUCAUGUUCAUGCGCAACAAGAAGAGCAGCCCAAAGAUCCAGCUCCUGAAGGGUUCGGCGUUGGGCAGGAGGUGAACAAUGCUGCUGGUGCUGGUGACCAACAGCGCGAACGAAACGACCCUGUAGUAGUUGCUGCAGCUGCAGCGCCCCCCGCGCUUCUUGUGCAGGAUCGUGGUCCUCCGGCCGAGCCGCAAAUUGUUGCCUUCAUCAAGGUCGAAACCCACCUGGACAGCUACGAGGACGGGACCGGUGACAGUCCGGGACUGCAGAACGAGAUCGACAUGAUGCACCGUCUCGCGCUGCCGGCCUCGCACGACCAAAGGAAUGAGACGGAAGCGGAGCUGGAGACCCGCAAGGCCAACUGGCAUUUCGUGUCCUUCUCCAAGUACCAGGACCUUUUUCGGCAGGAAAUCCAGGCGUACGCGAGGGCGGAUAACAAGCUGCUUAUUCUGUUCAUGGACUACGACGGGGUGGACCUCCGCGACCUCUCUGCGGGAAGCAAAGAGGAGUUCCCGGACGCGGACCGUCAACUGGCAGUCCGCCAACUCACCUCGGCUCUGCUGCACCUCCACAGCGACGAGGUGAACAUCAUCCACCUCGAUCUGCACAGUAAAAACACGCUGUGGGACGCGCGGCGGAGGAAGGCCACCAUGAUCGACAUGGAGUUCGCUUUUGACGCCGCGUUCGAGCUCCGCCUCAACCGCGUGCCGGUCAGUUAUCCGAUGCUGUCCCGGGUUCAGGCGGACAACCUGCAGACAGCCAUCCGGAACGGGACGUGGUACGGGUACGACAACGGAGAACUGGUUUUGACUACCGAGGAAGGCAGGGCGCACGACGUGCAGACUUUCCGUUGCGCAGCAGCCGAGAUACUGGGUCUCGUGCGCGCUGAGGGCGCCGACCCGGAGUCCAUCGCUUUUCACGUGCAACAACUUCCGUCCAGUCCCUACUUUCCCGGCGAGGAUUUGACUUUCACCAACUAGGUUGUGACUUUCACCACGGUCCUGUGUUGUUUAACGGUGGAACAAAGUAAUGUGUGUGGGCUUGAUAUGUGGUGUGGAUAAUGUGAACAUCACAUGCACAGGUAAAGGAGGCAUAAGAUUAAGAGUGAGACGUGCUUCGUCUAGAGGCUUGCAUCCUCGUUGCGUGAUUCCUAGUGGUCAAAAAAGUACAUUUUUGAUUUGAUUGCAGAGUUCAGGUUCUUACAGUUACAAGAUUGGCAGUCGCAGUUAUCACUGGAUUUUUGCUCCUUUUCUUUACUUACCUAUCUUAAUCCUUAUUUCUUCUUGGUUUUGCACAGACAGAAUUUGAAUUUUCGCAUCUAUGGUUUCCGGCUUGGCGCAACUUUCGAGAUAUGUUAUUGCAUGAACUUUAGUUUAUUCACAGAAUGAACUUAAGUCUUAUUCACUGAAGAUGUCGCUUUGCUAAGUUUCAUCGCCAGAAAUACCCUUUGUCUACUUCACAUCCGGUUUGAUAAAAAUUUGUUGUAAGUGAUAUUGAGUUUUUCGAUACGAUAAAAUUGAUGAUGAUGCCACUGAUUUUUUUAGAGAAAAUGAAAUGAGAAACUGGAACUUUGUUUUCGGACGAUGGGAUGAGUUUAGUGAAUGUAAAAUGUUAUCUUUCCUGAAGAUGCACAAACGCCAAU